CAUUCCCAUUUCCUAGUUAGGAAAGGUUUAAAAUCUCACAUGCACAUUUUUCUCACACUAAAUUGUCACUAAAAUCACUCCAUUCAAAAAAAAAAAAAAAAAAUUAAAAAUUAAAAAAAAAUCAUGAAUGUCGAUCAACAACACUCCUCCCAGCCGCCGUCUCCGCCGCAAGCCGGAAAGAUCAAGCGAGCUCGCGGCGGAGGCGGCAACACCAAGCACCCGGUCUACCGCGGCGUCCGGAUGCGGAGCUGGGGGAAAUGGGUGUCCGAAAUCCGGGAGCCGCGGAAGAAGUCGCGGAUUUGGCUCGGGACCUUCCCCACGCCCGAGAUGGCGGCGCGUGCGCACGACGUCGCCGCGCUCAGCAUCAAGGGCCCCUCCGCCGCCCUCAACUUCCCCGAUAUCGCCGCCGCGCUCCCCCGCCCCGCCUCCCUCAGCCCUCGCGACGUCCAGGAGGCGGCCGCGAGGGCCGCGGCGAUGGACAAAUUCGAUGCUUCUCCGCCGCCGCCGCCGUCGCUGGCGUCGCUGGUGUCGUGCCUGGACAUAUCGGCGGCGGAGGAGGAGGAGGAGGAGCUGAGUGAGAUCGUGGAGCUGCCGAGUUUGGGGCCGCCGUGUUUCGAGGGGAAUGAGAUUGUGUGCGUGGAGAACGCGGUGGUGGAGGGGUGGUUCGACGCGCCGCCGCUGUGGGGCGGCGGCGGCGGCGGCGAUGAUGCGGUGAUUUCGAGCUGCUUCGAAACUUUGCUGUGGAAUUAUUGAUUUUAAUUGUGCAUUUUACGUGAGUUUUUCUUUUCUUUUUCUGUAAUUAGGGAAAUUCUAGCCCUUUUUAUUUUUUUAAUCAAGGGCUUGUAUUUCUUCUUUCUCUUUCUCAAAUCAAUCCUAUUGUACAUUCUCUCUUACUCUUUUUUAAUCAAAAAUGCUCAAGCAACCACAAUAUGUGAAA